AUGAGUAGUGAAAGCAAAAUACCAGACUCUAAUAGAGACAUUUAGAUGAAUGAAGAGACUGUUGCAGCUGAACCCUAAUCUGAGACUUUACAGUAGAUAGAGUCUAUGAUAGGUUCCUUUGUCCAACUCACCUAGCUAGCAAACAAGAUCCCAUUUUUAGAUUUAGAUGAAGAAGAUAUAACUCAGGUGAAAAAGCUCGAUGAUGAUCAGGGCUAAUAGCAAAAACUUGUUAAAAAGAGAGCAAAUAAGAUUCUCACCCAGCUCUAUGGACUUAUCUAGUAUGUGUAACCUGAGAAAACCAGUACGAUAAACAAACUCAAGCAGAAAAACCCAAAUCAAAUUAUUGCUGACUUAGUUGGCUCGCACCUUAAUAGCUAGAACUAUGAAGAUCUGGUGCAAAUAGUAUGCGAUGAUCUAAUUGAAAACGUCAAUAAGUAGAUAGAUUUAUUUAAGAUUGAGCAGCAUCAGAAAUAGAAUCCUGAAUAGGCUAAUACUUCAGUAGUUAACCCAGCUAGAUUAAAGUCUGAGUAAUUCUAUCAGGAUAGACCAAAAACUGAUAAUACGAUUCAUAAACCCUAGAUCAAAUGGUGGUCAAGUUUAGAUAAUAGUUACUAUCCAUUCAUUCCAUUACUUAGCUCAAAGCCCCAUGGAAUCUCAUAGAUGCCUGAUGAUAUCAUUAAGGCCUAAAAUGAUAAAGAUCAAAAUCCCAUGAAGUACAGGUAGUUUUAAUUCGGAGAUCACAAAUAACAAAAGAAUUAAAUGCAGUUAUCACACCCUUAUUAUGAUGAACUCGAGUAGCACAGUCAAAAUGUUAGAAAUAUUGAGGCAUCCCACUUAAUUGAUCCAGUUAAGCCCCUUUCACUAGAAGAUACUCCGUUUCUGUUUGUGGAAGAUGAAGAUUAGCUUGAGGAGAUGUAUCAGAUUUUGAAGAGUUCAAAGGAUGUAGCUAUUGAUUUGGAGCAUCAUAAUCACAGAUCAUUUUAAGGUUUUACUUGCCUGAUGCAAAUAUCUAAUAGAACUCAUGACUUUGUAGUUGACACCAUCAAACUAAGAAACUAAUUAGGCCCGAAACUUCUGCCAAUCUUUGAUGAUCCAAAUAUAGUAAAGGUAUUGCAUGGAGCUGAUUACGAUAUUGAGUGGUUAUAAAAAGACUUUGGUCUCUAUGUAGUGAAUAUGUUUGAUACUGGUUAAGCUGCUAGAGUGAUGUAAAAGCCAGGCUAUGGUUUGGCUUUCUUACUCUAGUCUUACUGUGGAGUUAUUGCAGACAAAAAGUAUCAACUAGCAGAUUGGAGACAAAGACCCCUGCCUGAAGAAAUGCUAAAGUAUGCAAGAGAGGAUACUCAUUAUCUUUUGUAUGUCUACGAUAAGAUGAGACAGGAGCUAAUUAUCAAGGGCACCUAGGCGAAUUCCUCCAACCCCAAUCAAUGUCUGAACUAAGUUCUUCUAAAAUCAAAUGAACUUUGCUAAAAACAAUAUGAAAAGCCAGUUCUCAAGGACUAUAACUACUUCAUGAUCUUAGGUAGAAAUAAAACAGCUAAUUCUGUCAAGCAAUUUUCAGUUUUAAGGAUGCUACUUAAACUAAGAGAUUAUAUAGCUAGAUUGGAGGAUGAAUCUCCAACAUAUGUGAUGCCUAACCAUGUGCUAUUUUAGAUCGGGAAGGACAUGCCCACUAGCAGGAGUUAACUUAAAGAUAGCUGUAGAAACAACAUGACAGGGAUCAUUCUUUAGUACCAGGAUCUUAUUAUCAAAGAACUUGAUAAGAAGCUAAACUCGCCUAAAGUAAAAAAUCAUCAUAUUAAGUUUGAUCAAGUCACUCCUAUUGAAAUUAAACCAAUAAUAACUUCAAGUACAGCAAUAAAGACUUCUACAGAGGAGAUUAAAGAAACUGAUGAAAUAAGUGAAGAUGAAGCAUUAGGUGAGCAGAUGAAGUUUGAAAACAAACCUCUAAAAUCUUAUAACAUCUAAAUAGUUCUUGAAACAGCCUAGUCAUCUAUUUUCCAAUUAUCUGGCAAGCAAACAACAUAAAGCAAGAAUGCUGAAAAAAAGAAUAAGACUUUGCAGGAUAAGUUUUAGUAGCUUUAAAGUUCGCUUAAUAACUUCAAUUAACUAGACAUAUUUAAGGCAAUGACCAAAUCAGAAGGUCUUCAAGUAUAAACCAAUACUUAGAAAUAGUAAAAGGUUUAGCAAAAGAUUGAAGAGGUUGAUGAGAAAAAGCUCUAAGAUAUGCUAGGAAAAAGGAGUCAAAGAGAAAAGGAUAAUCCAAAAGCAGUGAACACCUAGUUAAUGGUAAAUAAGGAUGAAGUUGAAAAUCCAGUUUUGGCAAUAACAACAGAGGACUACAUGCCACUUGAACCCAGGAAGCAAAAGCAAAAGAACGACAGAAAAAGUGAUGAACUACCUUUAUCUAUUAAGGAGAGAUACCAGAAUAGCAACAAAAGGCAGAAAAUUGAUGAGAAAGCUGAUAAGUAAGUAUCUUUAUAGCACAAAGAGAAAGGGGAUAAAAAGCAGAAAUCCAAAUCAUAAGAAACAUUAAAGCAAGAGGCUCCGGUAAAAAAUGAAGAAAAGCAAAAGCCAAAAUCAGUUUAGAAAGACUGGUCUGCUAUUUAUGGAAAGGCAGCUCCACAGAUAACAUCAAUUAUAGAUAAAUAGGCGAAAAUGAUUAUAGAGCAGGAAGAUAAAAAUAAGAAGAAUAAAGAUAAAAAGGCUAAUAACAAUAGUAAACCUCAAAGUACCAAGUAGGACGACAUAAAAAUUAAGGGUAAUAAAAAGGAAAAGAAGCCGAAAUAUUACUUAGGUAGCACGUUAGGAGAAAAGAAAGGUACAAAUUUCUGA